GCCACAAAUUUAAUACAUCAGUUUAUUUUAUAUUACUGAAAAAUACUACAAUAGGAUCCAUAAUGUGUGCUUGGAACGAGAGAAGUAAAACUCCAUCCCAGAUUUGUAGGCCUGACCAUUCAGCACAUUCUAUAUUUGUUUCUCAUCUUAUUUCAUCCCUGACCAAAGGGGACAAAGAAGCCAUUAUUGACCUGCUAAAAUAUCAAGUCAAACACGUUGUAGCCAUCAUCGAGCUCUCCAAUGAUGACUGGAUGAAGGAGCCAGAUGUACCAAUACCUCCACAGGUCUUAUUGGGAUUGUGGACACUGGAAUAUACACAGGAGUUAACAUCACCCCUUUGCAUCACUGCCUCCCAUGGUUACACAGAAUGUGUCCGAUAUCUAUUGCACCGCCGGGCAGAUCCCAAUUCUGCACCUGGGGGGCGCUCUCCACUGCAUGAAGCUUGUGCUGGAGGGCAUGACAGCUGUGUCCAACUACUGCUGGAACAUGGAGCCAAUCCUAACCACCGCAGCGAGGAUGGUCUCAUCCCUCUACACGUCUGUGACAUGAAAGGAUCUUUAAGAUGUGCAGAGCUUCUCCUACAGCAUGGAGCUCUUGUGAAUCAGACCACAGGGGUAAUGCAGGACACUCCACUCCACAUUGCGGCACAACUAGGUCUUUUGGGCCAUGUACGAUUAUACCUACGUUGUGGAGCGGACAUCAAUGCUAAGAAUGUGGAUGGUGAGACUCCUCUGAUAUCAGCUUGUGGAGGAAAAUCUAGUGAUGAGGAUACCUGCCUGCCACUUUGCAGACUUCUUCUAGAGAAAGGGGCAGACCCAGAAGCCCAAGACCUACAAGAUAGAAGACCGCUACACCAUGCCUGCAGAAAGGCAGAAUACCAUCUGGUGGACUUGCUCCUUAAAUAUGAUGUGGAUGUCAGUGCUGCUGACUAUAAUGGAGUCCUGCCCCUGAGCUGUGUAUUACAGAAUGCUGAGCUGUUCCAAGACAAGAGACCUCAUCUUACUCUACAGGCUCUGCUCAACCGAGGAGCCCGCAGUGUGUGCCCUGAGGCUUUUGGAAAGGUUCUGCGUUGCUGUUCUGGACUCCCUGAAGUCAUUGCACUGCUUUACAACUCAUACCUAAACCUUCAAGUCUGCAGCAAAUGGAGACAAGACAUCCCACAGGAUGUGUUUGAGACUCAUCGUUCUUUCUACACAACAUUCUUCGAUGUCUCCGGAGGAGUGCGAUCCCUGCAGCACUUGUGCAGAUUUACACUCCGCAAACAUUUUGGUAGUCGGUGUCACCUUCUCAUUCCUUUACUACCAGUCCCUACUGUUAUUAAAGACUAUCUUCUGCUUGCCACUGGACAGAGUACCUGUCUGCUUUGAAUCCCAAUGUAACCAUGAAUUCACCCUCUUUUGUAAACGUAAAACCCUUUUUCUAUUAAACAUUUUCUUUUAUGAGUUUUGGGAACUGUAUCUUUGGGGUUAAGCUGUAUCUAAAAUACCCAUUAGGAUUUUAUACAUUGUGCUACCAAGUAAGAAUAACAGUAAUGUCUUA